UGUGGAACAUAUCUCUGUAAAUCUUCCCUAAAAUUACCCGAAGGCAUAUAUUCCGCCUGUGAUGGACCCUCAGAAUACUGCUAUGUUAGGCUUGGGUUCUGAUUCUGAAGGGUUUUCUGGGAAAAGCCCCUCUGUAGUAAACAUUGGCACAUUGGUGGGAAAAGAAGUAGAGUUAGAAAGUUGCACCAAGGAAGAAGACGACAGUAAGAGGAAUCGGGAGGGGAACAGUCCUGAGAAUGGGAAGAACGAGGCUCUAACUGAUGCACAGCAACAUUUUUCAGUGAAAGAAACAAACUUUUCAGAGGGAAACUUGAAACUGAAGAUUGGUCUUCAAGCAAAGCGAACGAAAAAGCCUCCCAAGAACCUUGAGAAUUAUGUGUGCCGGCCUGCUAUAAAAACCAGCAUCAAGCAACCAAGAAAGGUACCAAAGAGUGGGAAGAUGACAGAUGAGAAGAACGAGCACUGUCCUUUAAAACAAGACCCCUCAAAGUCAUACAAGAAAGCUGGAGAAGUCGCAACAGUUGAAUUGCCUGUGGAAGAAGGUAUACAAGUAGAAACAAAUCCUUUAACUAAGAAAAUUUCCCCAUUACGCUCUGAAAUGACAGAUUAUAUAAAGUCAUCUCCUCCGACUCUUAUGAGUAGCCAUAAUUCUGACUUAAAGGAUAGAACACAAAUUAAUGGAGCAACAACUGUAACAGAAAAAUUGGCUCAACUUAUUGCAACUUGUCCUCCUUCAAAGUCUUCCAAAACAAAGCAGAAGAAGCCUGGAAAUGGAACUCCAUCUGGUUUGGUUAAAGACUCUGGGAAGAAGCUACCAGCAACCAUAACUGCAAGUGGGUUAGUUAACAAAGAUUUGGUAAAGAAAUUGCCAGGAUCUGAUAUUGCUGUUGGAUUGGUGAACAAGGACUCAGGGAAGAAGCCAUUAGGGAUUGGUAGUGCAGCCAUAUUGGUUAACAAAGACUCUGGGAAGAAGCCACAAGGGAUUGGCCCAUUAAUUGGAUUGGUCAGCAAGGACUCUGGAAAGAGGCCACCAGGGAUCAGCACUCCAACUGGGUUAGUUAACAAGGACUCUGGAAAGAAGCUAGGGAUUGGCGCUCCGGCAGGACUGAUUAACAAGGAUGCUGGGAAGAAGUUGCUGGGAAUAAAUACUCCUACAGGAUUGGUUAACAAGGAUUCUGGGAGAAAGAUGCCAGGGACUGUGGGACCAGUUAACAAGGACUCUGGGAGGAAGAUGCCAGGAAUUAGCAGUCCAGCGGGAUUGGCUGGCAAGGACUCUGGAAAGAAGCCAACAGGAAUUGGCAGUCCAGUUGGUUUGGUUAACAAGGACUCUGGAACUCUGCAAACAGACUCUCUUAUGCCUGCAUCAGAAGCCUUUAAGCUUCCUUGCAAUUCAAACCUCAGUAGCCUUGAAAGCCAUGAGACCACAGAUUUACUGAAGGAAAAUAAUACUAGCAAAACAUUUGAGAAGCAUAUUAUGAGACAGAAUAAAGAAAGCACCUUGGAAAAAUUUUCAAUUAGGAAGGAAAUUGCUGAUGUAGGCAAAGAGAUGUUUAGUGAAGGAAUCCGCAUUCCACAGGAUGCUUACUCAACCAGUGAAAAAGGGAUUUAUGAAACAUCUAAGCAUGAAAAACAGCCUCCGGUAUAUUGCACUUCACCAGACUUCAGAACAGGAGGUGCUUCAGAUGUAUCAACAGCCAAGUCCCCAUUUAGUGCAGUAGGGGAGGGAAAUCUCCCAUCGCCUUCACCCACAGUGUCUGUUACCACCUUAAACAGGAGCCUCUCGACAACAUCUUCACAGUUAGUACCUAACUCAUUGCAUUUAAGCUCCACAGCAGAUCUCUUAGAAGGUAUUUCAGACCAGACUGGCAAAACUCAGUUUACUUCUGACAGUACACUUAUGAAUAUAAACAGAACAUUGAACCAUACUCUGAGCACCGAUUUUAAAGGUACUGAUAAAGACUUAAAUGAUUCAAAAGCUACUUACAUAGAAACUUCCAGAACUAGUCCUUCUAUGGGGAAAAAGCCCAUUAUGACAGCUGAAACAAGCAUUCAUGCUUCUGUCACCCCUUCAGUAGUUAGUUUUACAAGCUUAUUUAGUAGCAAGCAGUUCCUAAAGAUUGGUACAAUAGCUGCAUCAGAUAAAUCCUGCCAAGGAGCAAAAACUUUGAGCGCUACUCAGCAAUCAAAACCUUUAAAGAAAAGAAAAGGAAGGAAACCACGGUGGACUAAAGUGGUGUCAAGAAACACAUGUCGAUCUCCAAAGGGUCUAGAACUAGAAAGGUCAGAGCUUUUUAAAAACAUUUCAUACAGUGCACUAUCAAGCAGUAAUUUGGAACAGGCCAAAUUCUUGAAAAACAUGGGAUCGCCUUCAUUCCUGGAGCACGAAUUUGUCAAACAUCAGUUGCCAAAACUGAAUGAAGCUAAUGGGCAGUCUCUUGCGCUGUUAGCUGAGACUGAGAAGCAAACUCAGAAGUUCUACAGUACUCACAAACAACCCUCUACUUUGUGUAUGUCAGAUGAUUUCAUACCUGACAUGUAUAAACCCAAGAGAGGAAGGCCUAAAUCCAAGGAGAUGCCAGAGCUGGAAGGUCCCCCCAAAAGAACUUUAAAGAUUCCAGCAUCAAAAGUCUUUUCAGUGCAGUCAAAAGAAGAGCAAGAACCUCCAGUUUUGCAGCCUGAAGUGGAAAUUCCCUCCCUAAAACAGAGCUUAUCAGGGCAACCUUUUCCUAAAAAGAGAGGGAGACCUAAAAGGCAAAUCAGGUCAUCAAUUAAAAUGAAACCACCUAUUCUUUCUGUGGCACCUUUUGUUGGAACAGAUAACUCGAGCAAGAUAGACUCCGACAGCGAUCAACAUCAAAGUGGAGAUUUUUUUGAGAGAAAAGACCAGCUCCGAGGGCCAGAAGAGGGCCAAAAAACAAAUAUUUGUAGUAUGACUGAUUUGGAAGUAGACGCAGACAGAAAAGUUGCCAAGAGAAAUAAUGGACAGUUAAUGAAAACAAUUAUUCGAAAAAUAAAUAAAAUGAAAACUCUGAAGCGAAAGAAACUUUUGAAUCAGAUUCUGUCUACUACAGUAGAACCAAAUAACAAAGGGAAAGUGCAAUCUAAACUCCACAAUACAGUGUCAACUCUUGCUGCCACAUUUGGUUCAAAAUUAGGCCAGCAAAUAAAUGUCAGCAAGAAAGGAACCAUUUAUAUAGGAAAAAGGAGAGGAAGGAAACCUAAAGCUGUUCUGAAUGGUAUUUUAACUAGCAGUUCUGCAAGUUUGACAGUGCUUGAGAAUUCUGCUCAGCAAGUUCCUGGUACGUCGCUCGGACAAGUACUUCCCCACUUGCUGCCUUCGACAGCUAAUAAUCCAGAGAUUCUUCCAGCUCCAGUUUGCUCUCCGUCUUCUGCAGUGAGUGGGGGGCAGAGCCCUGUCAGCAGCGACGCAGGAUUUAUUGAGCCCAGCUCAGUGCCGUAUUUACACAUACACUCCAGACAAGGAAGUGUUGUUCAGACACUUGCAAUGAAAAAAGCUGCUAAGGGAAGGAGGAGAUUAUCUCCACCUACAUUGUUGCCAAACUCUCCUUCUCACUUGAGUGAGCUGACAUCGCUGAAAGAAGCCACUCCUUCCCCAGUGAGUGAGUCUCACAGCGAUGAGACAAUUCCCAGUGACAGUGGAAUAGGAACAGAUAAUAACAGCACUUCAGAUCGAGCAGAGAAGUUUUGUGGGCAAAAGAAGAAAAGGCAUUCGUUUGAUCAUGUUUCCCUUAUUCCACCUGAAACUUCCACCGUUCUAAGUAAUCUAAAAGAAAAGCAUAAACACAAAUGUAAGCGCCGCAGUCACGAUUACCUUACUUAUGACAAAAUGAAGAGGCAGAAGCGAAAAAGGAAGAAGAAGUAUCCUCAGCUUCGAGGUAGGCAGGACCCAGAUUUCCUUGCUGAGUUAGAAGAAUUAAUAAGUCGGUUAAGUGAAAUUAGAAUAACCCACAGAAGUCACCAUUUUAUACCCCGAGAUUUACUACCUACUAUUUUUAGGAUAAAUUUCAAUAGUUUCUAUACCCAUCCUACUUUUCCUUUAGAUCCUUUGCACUACAUUAGAAAACCUGAUUUAAAGAAAAAGAGAGGCAGGCCUCCAAAAAUGCGGGAGGCCAUGGCAGAAAUGCCUUUCAUGCAUAGUCUCAGCUUUCCCCUCUCCAGUACCGGGUUCUACCCCUCGUACGGCAUGCCUUACUCUCCUUCUCCCCUUGCAGCUGCUCCCAUAGGCUUAGGUUAUUACGGAAGGUACCCUCCCACUCUCUAUCCUCCUCCACCUUCUCCUUCUUUUACUACCCCCCUGCCACCACCUUCUUACAUGCAUACAGGCCAUUUGCUUCUCAAUCCCACCAAAUAUCACAAGAAGAAGCAUAAACUUUUACGCCAGGAGGCUUUCCUCACGACAAGCAGGACUCCGCUCUUGUCAAUGAGCACGUAUCCCAGUGUUCCACCUGAAAUGGCUUAUGGCUGGAUGCUCGAACAUAAGCAUAGACAUCGCCAUAAACACCGAGAACAUCGUUCUUCUGAACAACCACAGGUUUCCAUGGACACUAUAGCAGCUAAUAGCUCUUCUAGAACAGUUCUGGAGUCAUUGAAGCGCUACAGAUUUGGGAAGGAGGCUGUUGGUGAGAGGUACAAACAUAAAGAGAAACACAGAUGUCACAUGUCUUGUCCACACCUGUCACCUUCAAAGGGUUUGCUGAGCAGAGAUGAUCAGUGGGUCAGGAGGGAGCCUUCGGAGACUAAUUCAUUAGCAUUGGGAUUGCAGACGCCGCUACAGAUAGACUGUUCAGAAAAUCCCCCUGGUCUGUCCCUGGGGGGAUUUGCUCCCAGCUCUGAGCCAGCCAGCAGCGACGAACACACAAAUCUUUUCACAAGUGCAAUAGGCAGUUGCAGAGUCACAAACUCUACCAGCACCAGUGGACGUAAAAAAUUAACUGACAGCCCCGGGCUCUUCAGCGCACAAGACCCCUCACUAAACCGACCUCUCCGAAAGGAGCCGUUGCCUUCUGUUGAGAAGGUGCUACAGCCUUUGCCAGGCACUUUGCCAACACAGGACAAACCUCCCCAGAGGCAGUCAGAGAGCACAAACUGCAGCCCUUCCAGGAAGAGAACAACAUCUGAGAGCACAUCUUCUACAGUGAUUGGAGUACCCACCCGGGGAGCAAGGCUGGCAGGGACUGGUGAAGAUCCAGUGGACAGCUUACUGCAGCGCAUGGCACAACAUGAAGGCCAGGCGACUUUGGACAAAACCUUAGAAGCAGUCAUUGCAAAUGUGUCUGUCCCACCAUCAACCAGUCCUGCUCGGAACCACAACAGGGAGAGAGGUCUGGGCAAACAGGACAGCCUCGUAGCCCCAGCGAUUCCCAGCAGGUCCUGCAGCGAUAGUGUCUCGCUUCUGCCAGACCGACUGCCAAGCAGCUAUUCCUCACAUCAUCUCAAGAGAAGUGUGGUGGAAGCCAUGCAGCGACAAGCAAGGAAAAUGUGCAAUUAUAACAAGAUCUUGGCAACAAAAAAAAAUCUUGACCACGUCAAUAAAAUUCUGAAAGCCAAGAAGCUGCAAAGGCAGUCACGGACAGGGAAUAACUUUGUAAAGCGCAGGCCAGGUAGGCCCCGGAAGUACCCAAUGCAGGCUGUUGUUUCAAUGCAAGCUUUCCAGGCUGCUCGACUGGUCAGUCAGGAGUUAGACAAAAGAGAGGAAAGCAGCAGUCCCUUACACCUUGGACCUGAUACCAUCACAGAUGUGAUUGAAGCUGUAGUGCAAAGUGUGAACUUGAAUACAGAUCACCGAAAAGGCUGGAAGAGAAAGAGGUGGCUUGCGGAGGAACAGGCCAGGAAGCGACAAAAGUCUUUACCAGAAGAUGAGCAGGAAAGCAGUAAGAGUGUUUCUGAGACAGUAGCUGAACCUCCCAGUCCACAUGAUGCCCUUGGGAAACCACAUGAACCUGAAAACACUGAACAGCCUUUGCCUGCUGUAGCCCAGCGUGAGAAGAAAGCCCCUCGACCCCCAAAGAAGAAGUACCAGAAGGCAGGGCUCUACUCUGAUGUGUACAAAACGACAGAUCCAAAGAGCCGCCUCAUACAAUUAAAGAAAGAAAAGCUGGAGUACACUCCUGGAGAGCAUGAGCAUGGAUUGUUUCCAGCCCCUAUUCAUGUUGGAAAGUAUCUCAGACAAAAGAGAAUUGACUUCCAGCUGCCUUACGACAUCCUCUGGCAGUGGAAACACAAUCAGUUGUAUAAAAAGCCAGAUGUCCCACUUUAUAAAAAAAUCCGUUCUAACGUCUAUGUGGAUGUCAAGCCUCUUUCUGGUUAUGAAGCCACUACCUGCAACUGUAAGAAACCAGAUGAUGACAAUGGGAAGGGCUGUAUGGAGGACUGUCUUAACAGGAUGAUCUUUGCGGAGUGUUCACCAAACACUUGCCCUUGUGGGGAACAAUGUUGUAAUCAGCGGAUACAGAGGCAUGAAUGGGUGCAGUGCCUGGAAAGGUUCCGGGCUGAGGAGAAAGGAUGGGGUAUUCGUACCAAAGAACCCCUGAAAGCAGGACAGUUUAUCAUUGAAUAUCUGGGAGAAGUUGUUAGUGAGCAAGAAUUCAGGAACCGGAUGAUUGAACAGUACCAUAACCACAGUGAUCAUUACUGCCUGAAUUUAGACAGUGGAAUGGUGAUAGAUAGUUAUCGUAUGGGCAAUGAGGCUCGUUUUAUCAACCACAGCUGUAAUCCUAACUGUGAGAUGCAGAAAUGGUCUGUUAAUGGUGUUUACCGGAUUGGAUUGUAUGCACUUAAAGACAUGCCUGCUGGUACUGAAUUGACUUAUGACUACAAUUUUCAUUCAUUUAAUGUUGAGAAACAGCAACUCUGUAAAUGUGGGUUUGACAAAUGCAGAGGAAUAAUUGGGGGUAAAAGUCAGCGAAUGAAUGGACUUCCAAGCAAAAGCAAUCAGCCUGUGAGCACCCACAGAAGGCCUGGACGGUCAAAAGAGAAAAGGAAGUCAAAGCACAAACUAAAGAAGAGAAGGGGUCACAUCCCAGAGGAACCCAGUGAAAGUGUGAACGCACCAACAAGGCUGACACCACAGCUUCAGAUGAAGCCCAUGUCUAACAGAGAAAGGAAUUUUGUGCUAAAACACCAUGUAUUUUUGGUACGAAACUGGGAAAAGAUUCGACAAAAACAAGAGGAAGUGAAGCAUGUCAGUGACAACAUCCAUACGACAUCGCUCUACAACCGCUGGAAUGGAAUCUGUCGGGAUGAUGGCAACAUUAAAUCUGAUGUCUUCAUGACCCAGUUUUCAGCCCUUCAGACCUCCCGCUCUGUGCGCACACGACGCUUUUUGGCUGCAGCUGAAGAGAAUAUUGAAGUUGCUCGUGCUGCCCGCCUAGCACAGAUCUUCAAGGAAAUAUGUGACAGCAUCAUAUCCUAUAAAGAUUCCUCCAGGCAGGCUCUUGCAGCUCCCCUUCUGAACUUACCUCCAAAGAAAAAAAACGCAGACUACUAUGAAAAGAUCUCUGAUCCGUUGGACCUUGCCACAAUUGAGAAACAGAUCUUGACUGGCUAUUAUAAAACUGUGGAAGCUUUUGAUGGGGACAUGCUGAAGGUCUUCCGGAAUGCAGAGAAAUAUUAUGGCAGAAAAUCUCCAACUGGACGUGAUGUGUGCCGGCUACGGAAAGCAUAUUACAAUGCUCGCCAUGAGGCAUCUGCCCAAAUUGAUGAGAUUGUGGGAGAAACAGCAAGUGAAGCUGACAGCAGUGAGACAUCAGUCUGUGAAAAAGAAAAUGGUCAUGAGAAGGAUGAGGAUGUGAUCCGUUGCAUCUGUGGCCUUUACAAAGAUGAAGGACUCAUGAUCCAGUGUGAAAAGUGCAUGGUCUGGCAGCACUGUGACUGUAUGGGUGUGAAUUCUGAUGUUGAACACUACUUGUGUGAGCAGUGUGAACCUCGAUCUGUGAAUAGGGAGGUUCCUAUGAUUCCUCGUCCCCAUUACGCCCAGCCUGGAUGUGUUUAUUAUAUCUGCUUAUUACGGGAUGAUCUGCUGCUACGCCAAGGUGAUUGUGUUUACCUGAUGAGAGACAGCCGUAGAACUCCAGAUGGACACCCUGUCCGGCAGUCAUAUCGGCUGCUGUCCCACAUCAACAGGGAGAAACUCGAUAUUUUCCGCAUAGAAAAACUCUGGAAAAAUGAGAAAGAGGAGCGGUUUGCAUUUGGUCAUCAUUAUUUCCGUCCACAUGAAACCCAUCAUUCCCCUUCUCGGAAGUUUUAUCACAACGAGCUCUUCCGGGUGCCAUUGUAUGAAAUUAUCCCCUUAGAGGCUGUGGUGGGAACGUGCUGCGUUCUUGACCUGUACACCUACUGCAAAGGGAGGCCAAAAGGUGUGAAGGAACAGGAUGUAUACAUUUGUGAUUACCGCCUUGAUAAAUCAGCCCACCUCUUCUACAAAAUCCACCGGAAUCGUUAUCCUGUGUGCACUAAGCCCUAUGCCUUUGACCACUUCCCCAAGAAACUCGCACCCAAGAGGGACUUUUCACCUCAUUAUGUACCAGACAACUACAAGAGGAAUGGAGGCAGAUCAUCCUGGAAAACAGAUCGCUCAAAACCACAGAUUAAAGACUUAAAUCAAGAAGAAGAUUCUCUUCCACUUAUUGAGGAUGUACUGGGAAACCAAGAUCAAGCCUCAAGUGAGAUACCUGGCCUUGAGGAGCCAGACAAAGAGGCAGCCUCUGGUGAGACCUGUGAAACUGAUAAAAAGGUGGAAGAAAGCAACUCCAGCCCACGGCAGCUGUGCACUCCAGAGGAACGGCGGCAUAUUCAGAGAGAGAGACUCAAUCAAAUCCUGCUAAACCUCUUAGAGAAAAUCCCAGGGAAAAAUGCUAUUGAUGUCACGUACUUGCUGGAGGAAGGAUCAGGAAGAAAACUGAGGCGACGCACUCUGACCAUCCCAGAGAGCAGCUUCAGGAAGUGAUACCAGGAAAGGAAGCUGUGUCUGGAGUCUGCUACAGGGUCUGCUGAGGGCUGAGAGCAGGAGCCCAGCUUCCUCUGCAACAGCCAAGGAAAAGAGGGCAGCAGAAGACUGACAAAUAUACAAACAGUUCGCACUUAGAUGUCUGGGUUGGCGGGUUGCCUUGCCCUGCUCUGCAGUGCUCUUAUGGUGUGUGUGUUGUUGGGCGUGCCUUGUAUUGAU